GCAGCCAUGUAUUGAAGUUUGAUUAUAUCCGUCUGCAUUCCUCAAGUGAGCGGUCAGUUGACAUUUCUAUUGUUUCAAUGAGCCUCCUGAUAGCCCAUCAAUCAGCCUUAACAGGUCACAGUGCCAGGCUGUCUAUUUGGUGCCAGAUGCUCAAAGCCAGUCUGUGGUAAAUGUAGUGCAUAUUUUGAAAAGCGCAGGAUCUGUGUGAUUUGUGCCAGCACUUAGACUUUGUAAACGAUUGUAAAUGAAGCCCAUUCUGUUUCAAAUGUUUAUUUAUUCAUGUAAUUUCGAUUAUAGUAUGUCUAUAUAUAAACACAUAGCAUCUGUUGUGUAUAUGCGGUUUGUUAUGUAGGCAAUAUAAAUCAAUUUAUUAAAAAAAAAAAAUAAUACUUAUUUAAAUUGUUUCAGUUGUACAGUUUUGUAUGUACUGUAUAUGGUAUACCUAGAUAUACACAAAUGUAUUUUCAAUUUCAUUUUUUACCGUUUUUUGAGGUUGCACGUUAUGUAAUAUGCCGGCAUAGAAACACAUUUCUGUUCAAAUUAUAUUACAUUUUUUUUUCCUUUCUUAAUUGUUUGUCCUUUCAUUAUAAUAUUUAUGUUGUUUUUAAUACCCUGGUCAAAUUGACUGGUCAUGGUUGUUCGAGGUAUGCCUAUAAACGUGGUCGUUCUACUGUGCCUAUACUGCCUCUGCAGUAUGUCCUAUGCAGAUCAUGUUUGUAUGAGCCAAGGGGGCCAAUGUCAGCACACCUCCCAGUUCUGCAAAGGGACCUACAUCAGUGGACUCUGUGAGGGGUCUACUAAACGCCAGUGCUGCCUGAAUUGGUAAUGUGUGCAGACCCUGUUUUUAUUUAUUUAUACUACAUGUACAUUUUGAAUGUUAGAAUUGAAAGUCCAAACUAAAAAUUCUGAUCUGGGGAUCUGCCAAUUUCUUGCUCCUUUUUACAAGGAAUAAAGAAGAGAGUAAACAUUAAACAUGUUUUUUUUUUAUCAACUUCAAAUACGGCUUAAAAACUUACCAAUAAUAACAAUGCCACGAUACCUAGCCAUGUUUCAUUUACAAAACUGACUUUAAAUUUAGUAUCAUGAAAGUGUUAGUUUGUGAUCUGAUGUGUGAUGUGUUGUGUGGGUGUUUUUUACAGAGGCAGCCCUGCUGAAGUUUGGAGUCUUAUGCAAUGGCUACAGUGGGAAUGUUAAAAGGAGAUGCGACAGCUAUGGCUGUGGUAACUAUGGAGCCAGAUGGUAAUGUCUAAAUGCGUGUCACUAGGGAAAGCUUUUGCUCCGCCAGUUGCAUGCUCAAGGCCUGUCAGAACUCAUUUACCCUGUUAGAAUGUAUGUAUGCUUAUGUCUAACUAUUUCUCACUAUAUUUAUGUACUCGGCAGCGGUGGUCAUCUCCACUAGGACUUGACAUUAAGUGUUCAGAUGUUUCCACUGUUUACGCUCCAUUUGAUGCUAAACUUAAUGGCCAGGCUAGACCCUAUGGUAAUGGAAACCUAAUUGAUGAUGGCAUCACCCUCAGUGGCAAAGGUGUGUGUGUCAAGCUCUUCUAUGUGAAGCCAUUUAAUUACAGAGGCAAUGUGAAGAAGGGAGACAAGAUUGGAAAUCUUCUCCCCAUGCAGAAGGUCUACUCAGGCAUCACCUCACACAUUCAUGUUCAGAUGUGCGACAAGUCUGACCCCACCCCCUACCUGUGAAUCCAGCAAUGACACCAGCAGAGGCCCAGUCAGCUGUCCCUUACAGCACUAACCGUCUGCACAGCAGGCAGCUUCAGCAAGAGCAAGAUGCAAUGAUUGCAAUAUGAUACCAUUUUUAUAACUCUAUUAAAUGAGCCUCUAUAGCAAUUGCAAAAAAAAAAAAGAAAAAAAAAAAAAAGCUUGCCUGGUGAAUACUGUGCGGUUUCAAUAGCUUGUGUGCAUUUUUUAUUCU